AUACAUAAAAAGUUAAUUUGCCUGCGCCACCCGUAUUUAUAAUAAAAAGUGCUCGAAAGUAAAACAGUGCGAGUAAACAACAGGUCUCGCAAAGAACGCAAUAGAAGUGGCGGCAGGUACACAUAAUCUUAAAGCAUCACGGCAACAACGCAUAAGAAGCAGCAGGGACGACGACAAGGGAAGUAAUAAUGAACACAUUGAAUGCAAAUACAAACGGAGCUGCAAGUGGCAAUGGCGGUGGAACGCCCAACACAGCGAAUACUACAGGAGCCGGUAACGGUACCGGAGGAGGCAGUGGUCUCAGCGGCCUCGAAGAGGGAGGUGGCGACGCGAGCUCACGACGACAGGCCACGCGUGUGUUUAAGAAAAGUUCGUCCAAUGGAAAAAUCACCGUUUAUCUGGGGAAACGCGAUUUUGUAGAUCACGUGACGCACGUGGAUCCUAUCGAUGGCGUUGUCUUUAUUGAUCCAGAGUAUGUGAAGGAUCGGAAAGUGUUUGGCCAAGUGCUGGCCGCGUUUCGCUAUGGACGAGAGGACCUGGAUGUGUUGGGGCUUACGUUUCGAAAGGAUUUGUAUUUGGCACAUGAGCAAAUUUAUCCGCCUAUGCAGUUAGAGCGCCCAAUGACACGGCUUCAAGAACGCCUUAUAAAAAAGUUGGGCCCCAAUGCACACCCAUUUUACUUUGAAGUACCGCCGUAUUGCCCUGCCUCGGUAUCACUUCAGCCAGCACCCGGUGAUGUAGGAAAAUCCUGUGGCGUGGACUACGAAUUAAAAGCAUUUGUUGGUGAGCAUAUUGAGGACAAACCACACAAACGCAACUCGGUGCGUUUGACUAUACGCAAGGUUAUGUAUGCGCCCUCGAAAGCUGGUGAGCAACCCUCCAUCGAGGUUAGCAAGGAGUUCAUGAUGAAGCCAAACAAAAUUCAUUUGGAGGCUAGUUUGGAUAAGGAGCUGUACCACCAUGGCGAGAAGAUUUCAGUUAAUGUGCAUGUAGCCAACAACUCCAAUCGGACCGUAAAAAAGAUUAAGGUGUGCGUGCGCCAAUUCGCCGACAUUUGCCUUUUCUCUACGGCUCAGUACAAGUCGGUGGUGGCCGAAACGGAAUCCGAGGAUGGCUGCCAAGUGGCCCCGGGUUUUACGCUGUCGAAAGUGUUCGAGCUAUGUCCCUUACUGGCCAAUAACAAGGAUAAAUGGGGGCUUGCGCUCGACGGGCAGUUAAAGCAUGAAGACACAAAUCUGGCGUCCAGCACUCUUAUAACCAAUCCCGCACAGCGUGAAAGCUUGGGCAUUAUGGUCCACUACAAAGUGAAGGUAAAAUUGCUGAUUAGUUCGCCACUCUUGGGUGGUGACCUGGUUGCUGAGUUGCCAUUUACGCUGAUGCAUCCAAAGCCUGAGGAGGAGGACCAUCCAUUGCUCGGCGAACGUUCCCCACGCGCCAGCCUGGCUGCGCCGCUCAUGGCGCUGGGCGAGGCUGGUAUCGAUGGCGCAUCCUCAUCGCAAGCGUCUGCAGAUGUACCCACCACAACAAACCUCAUACAGCUGGAUGAUGAUGAGGCGCAGGAUGAUGAUAUAAUAUUUGAGGACUUUGCGCGUUUGCGUUUAAAGGGCGCCGAAACGGAAGCUUAGAGCAGCUAUCCCUUAGAUUUUUUGAAUAUUUUGUAUCGCUCUUCGAAACGCACGUUAUUUCGGCAUAAGUGCAUACUAUUUGUAUCUGUAUCUAUGUGCCCAAAAAUAUUUGUGUACCAUUUUUUUGCUUUAAAAAGGUUCCACUAGCUCGGUCGUGUUUUCACGCAGCUGCGGUACAACGUUUUAUAUACUUAGAUUCAAUAUGUGCAGGCCAUAUGUAUACAUUUUAGAAUUUUAGUAAAUAAGCUGAAAGUGUACGAAUUUGUUGUUUGUAAUACUUUAAACAAAUGAACAACCCAGACAUAGAACACAUGCAAAGACGUCUAUAUGAACCGAAAUUUCAAGCAUUCUUCUGUUUUUGCCAACUGAUAUACUCUUCAGAGACUUUUUAUGUUUUGAACAGAAGUCUACUUGAAGGGCGUAAUUUUCCAAUUGUUAAAUGAUUACUAAUAUUAGCAUAAUUUGAGAGCGCGGAGAUUUUAUGGAUAAGAAAAUUCAUUUACAACAUUAAGUAGCUAUUCAAUUGACCCCAUUUCCCUUUUUAUUGUUUUAUCUCUUCUCUGUGCUAAAUGGUGAAAAGCUUUCUAAGCUGUAAACAUAAAAAUGUAUGCGAUGAAUUGAAAUAUACGUCUUUUCUUAAUUAUCAAAUACAUUAACUGUUAAUACUAUAUUUAUUUAUGUAAUCAAAAAUAAUAUGCCAAUUUUGUUGUUCCAAGCCAGACCCUCCUCUUAACAAGCACAUUUUAGCUUUACAGAAAUGAAUUUAAGUUUUUUGAUUAUAUGAAAAGUUUUGAUUAUGCAAAAAUGAUUUAAUUAUGUAGGGAACACGGAUUUUGGCACAUCGCUUUUGCGUGAAUAAAUCUUCAUUUCAUUGAAAAUAAUUCAUUUCAUCUGAUUUUAAAACUGCAUUUGUAAUUCGUCAAUCUCGACUGACAACUUGAAACAUUUGAAAACAGCAAAUCUUCGGCAAGCCAAAGUUAGUUUUGCUCUUUGCUCAAAGCCAGCGCAAAAGUAAAUAAACAUGCUAGUUUAAUUUAACAUAGGAUUCUUUUUAUCGAUCUUUCUAUUAAUUAAUGUUAGCUUUUGUGGAUUGAGGCGGUUGUGGUAUUGGAAAAAUAACCCGUGCCCGCUCGUAAAUGAUUCCAGCAUCUAUAAAAAUGUAUUCUGGAUUAUUAAAUCGAAAUUUAUGAAACGAACAAAAAUAUUUAAUACGAAAAGCAAUUUUUAUAUUUACAUAAGUAGCUGUAAAUUGUUUGUUUAACACGAGCGAAUGCAUUUACAAAUGUACAUACAUACAUACCUAUAUGUGUUUAUAUUUUAUUGCGCAUACCAAUGUUGAUAUGAACAGACUUAUAUAUUUGUGACAUAAAAUUCAAUAAAGGAAAAACAAGGAAUCAAAAAAAAAAAAAAAAACAACAAAAUAAAUGCAAUAUGAAAAUUGCUUUCUUUAACAAAAACGAUUAAGUUAAAUCAUCAUUUUUGAAAAGUAGUCACUAACCUUUAAGCAAAUGAACUCAAUGUUUCAAAUAUGCAGCCAGGCUUUUGUAUGUAUAUGAAAAAAAUAGCUUGAAUUUGUUUUAAAUAACUACAAACAAUGGCGCCGAAAAUUACUAACAGAACAAAAAUAAGAUGAAGUGUGUAAGAAAAUAUUUCCAAAUUAAUUUUGUAUAGAGUAUUUUUGUUUGUCUUCAAUGUCGCAUCGGAUUAUAAAGGACGAUAACAUAACUACAUUUGUUUAUUUAUAUAGACCGAUCUAAAACUACAUAUAUUAUAUAAAUGUGAACAGAUAUUAAAUUAGUUAUAUGCCUUAGGUUUAAGUAUUACAUACAUAUAGACAUAGUAUUUAGCAAUUUUAUAGCGCAAAGGUCAAGCAUUUACGAAUAUGUGCGCACUUGUGUAACAAAAAACUAGACUACACAACAAAUUUUAAUCAAUUUAAAUUGAAGUCCCACUAAACGCGUCAAACUUACAAUUAUCAACAUAUUUUUCCACAAUUUUUUUACGUUUUUAUAAUAGACCUUUUAUAAUUACAAAUAAAUAUGUAAACAUAAAUAAAGCAUAAGAUAUGAAAAACCAAUAUUGUUGCUGCACAAAAAGGCAUCUUAUUUAAUUUUUGAAGUAACAUUUUGUAUUGUACCAAAAGGCAUUGUAAUUUUAUAUGCACAUACCAUAUAUAUGUACUUGCAUAGUAUGUAUUUAAUGUAUUUUAAUUAGGAUUUAGAAACGAAAUAAAAACAGUUGCCCAGCCGCAGGCUGCACAGUUGUCUCCGUUGAAUCCCGCACAUCCUAUGACUGUCAAUAAAGUUGUAUAAAAUUAUGUGAAAUAAUAACAAAUAAAUUAAAUAAAUAUAGGUAUACAUAUAGUACAUAUAAAUACGUGUGUAUACAUACGUAUGUACCUAGCAACCGCGAUUAAUGUAAAACGUUAACAAAUGAACGUUGAGUAUUUAUAAAACUUACCCACAGUAAUGUGCAAAUCAAAAGCAUAGAAAUGUAUCCCUGCGUAUGCAAAACAAAGCCCAAAGCUUUCUUAUGCAACAUUGAAUGUUGUUUGUUUAAAUGUUAAAUAAUAUACACACACACACAUACAUACAUACAUAUACAUAUGUGGCUAUGUCUAUGAUGGCAAUAUACAUUAAACUAAUUGUUAGCAGCAGUUUGCCAGGCUUACAACCAGCAACACAAAAGUGAAUGUUGUAAUAACAAAAAUAUAUAAAUAUAUGUAUAUACUACCUGUACAAAUAAACAGGAGGAAUAUUUCAAUAAAAUUAAUGGGUAUACAUAGA